UCACUCGGAAUACCAACAUAGCGGAGUGAAUACGAUAUAUGCUUCAACCGGAUGCAGUGUGUGCAGUUGGUAUUUUAUGUUGUGUAUAACCAUUAGUCUCAAUAUAUCUUUAUUACAGUUGUGACUUACUGGAAAGUUAAUCUUGUGUAUAAAAUGACAACGGCUCUUUUAAACAAACCAAAGUCUGAGAUGACGCCAGAGGAAUUGGCUAAACGAGAAGAAGAAGAAUUUAGUACAGGGCCUCUUUCAGUUCUUACACAAUCAGUGAAAAAUAACACACAGGUAUUGAUCAACUGUCGUAACAACAAAAAACUUCUUGGACGGGUGAAGGCAUUUGACAGGCACUGUAAUAUGGUGUUGGAAAAUGUCAAAGAAAUGUGGACAGAACUUCCACGGACUGGAAAAGGAAAGAAGAAAGCAAAACCAGUUAACAAGGAUAGGUUCAUUUCAAAGAUGUUUCUGCGUGGUGAUUCCGUCAUUUUGGUAUUAAGAAAUCCUCUAGCUACUGCUGGAGCAAAAUAAUGCAUGCAGCAAGUAUGGGUACUGGGAAUUUGAAUGCCCAGAAGCUUGACAAAGACUAGGUUUUCUAAGACUUUUAAUUACUGUGGUGUAUUUGGUUAAUUCUUACUUGAAUUGAAUUAGGGGAUAUGAAAGGACACUCACUGUACCCAUGUUACAAACCAGGAUGUUAUGUCAUUUGGAUAGAUGUUAUUGUUUUGUGAAACAAAGCCACAAUUUGGAAUUGCUUAUGGAAAAUAUGAGGGACAAGGUACAAAUUGUCAUACAGUAUUUGCUCAUACUAUGCACUGAGUGAUUUGUGUAACUGCACUGUUCAUAUUAAUUUUCUUUGUCAUACUUUGAAGCGAGUUUUCAUAAAAAUUCAGAUGGUUGCUUUGUGGUUGCCACCUUCACUACUGGUAGCAGAAAACCAAUAUUAAUGUGAUUAUUAUGGACUUUCAUAAUGUAGAGAAGAUUAAUGACUCAUUUAUUUUGGACAGUUCAGAAUAUGAAAAUUCAUAUUGGGCAAGAGGCAGUCUGUUGCUCGAGUACAGUUCAAGAAACUGAAGCUGCUCAAAUGAGACUUUUGUGAUACAAAGCACUCGCCUUUUCAGAACUAUCCUAGAGUUGUACAAUUUGAAAAUUAAUAAAAUAAGUGCUAUUUAGAUUGUGUACACUUUGUUGUCUUUUAAAAACUUCUAUUGUGUAGAAUUUAUUGGCGCAGGAAGGCACACAAUCCAACAUCACAUUCACUACACAUACUGCGUAUCCCAAAAAGAUGUAUACUCACAUUCAAUGAAUGAAAUAAAGAUAUUUUAAUAAAAUAAA